CAUCACCAGCAUCACGACGUGUGGGCCCUCGUUGUCGGUCCGCUUCUCGUAGCACCACCUUCACACGCGCAUCAGUGGCAAGCUUCCCUUGUUCUCGCGAGCGACUCUCGGCAUAGAACAACGCAUCGCGCUUGACACCACCCCAACAAGACUGCAAGCACCUCGAUCUCGACCGUCAUGGACGUCGUUUUGCACUACGCCGACGAAUGGGUACUGGACAGAGCCUGGGCUUGGGCUCUACCUUCCAUUCCAGCUCGUCUUGCUCGAGCAGGUCAGGCGGCCAAAUCUGCCGAGUCUCUAGCAGCAGCCGCACGAGCUACACCCAGCGCUAUUCAGAACUUGACUCAUGGUGUCCUCAACUGGACCAGCAGGUCGAGUGCGGGCAGCGGUGCUCGGGACGCCACAGCCAGAGCGGCACAGCAGGCUGGCUUGGCAGCUCAACAGGCUGCUGCGCAAGGAUUAGAAGAAUUGGUCAACUCGAGCAGAUGGGGCAGAGAUCACUUCUUGAGACAAUGCAUCUCGCUCUACGCCAUCACUCUGGUCGGCAUCAUGCUGCUGUACUUUAGCUUUGCCGGUCUCUCCUACUACUUUUUCUUCAACCACGACAUGAAGAAGCACCCGCGAUUCCUAAAGAACCAAGUGCGGCUGGAGAUCGAAUCAUCCCUGAGAGCGUUCUUGCCGCUGGACAUUCUCACCCUGCCAUGGUUCGUCGCGGAAGUGCGAGGUCACUCUAUGCUCUACGAAAACAUCAGCGAUUACGGCAUCGCCUACGCCAUCUUUAGCGUGCCUUUCUUCCUGGUUUUCACGGAUGCCUGCAUCUAUUGGGUGCACAGAUUGGAGCAUCAUCCGCGCCUCUACAAGCACAUCCACAAGCCUCACCACAAGUGGUUGGUUCCAACACCCUUUGCCUCCCACGCUUUCCACCCACUGGACGGAUAUGCGCAAUCAUUACCCUACCACAUUUUCGUCUUUUUGUUCCCUCUGCACCGAUACAUCUACAUUGGCCUAUUCGUCUUUGUGAAUUGUUGGAGCAUCCUCAUUCACGAUUCCGACAUGAUUGUCAAUUCUCCGCUGGAAAAGAUCAUCAACGGACCUUCUCACCAUACGCUUCAUCACCUCUAUUUUAACGUCAACUACGGACAAUACUUUACCGGUUGCGACAGGUUGGGCGGAUCCUACAGGCAACCCAAGUCGGAAGACGAUCCGCUGCAUGAUGUGGUCAAGAGCGAAUCGAAGAAGGCGCAAUGAGCGGCGAGCGUGAGCGAGGCAGGCGGGUAGGUAGGCAAACAAAGUUUCCUCUGCGCCUCUCUUCGCGCACGCCUCGUCCACUGGGAAGCGUUUCUGC